ACAAUUCUAGGAAACGAAAAGUCCCAGCCUAUAACCAAGAAGGAUCUAAGAGACGGAGAACGCCACCUCAGGUCAAUUCAACAAAUCAGGGACCAUCGAAAAUGAUCCCCGACUACGUCGAGAAUCCAAGCCGUCGGCUAAAAUUACUAGAAAAUUUGGGAUAUGUGAAGAUUUCAACAAAAUUCGUUUUAGAAAAGAUAAAUAUGACCUUUUUCAUUUUAGGUCAAAACACCACAGUGAGUAGCAGAGUUUUCGAUAACAUUUCUAGAUUGAUUGUUGGUGUCCAUGACCGCAAACCGGGAUGCCAUAUUGUUGCUGCUUUUCAAGAGCUCAGUGUAUCCCGCAUCCAACAUCUCAAAAGAGGAAAAGUGUUUUUACGUGAUAAUGCGAUUCAGGAUGUGCCUGGCUUUAUUAAAAAAGUUUGGAUGACCGAACUCAUGACAAUUUACGAUGAAGACCAUUUCGAGAAAGUAUGGCAAUUCGAUACCGAUCGCUGUGACAUCCAAUACACCAUUGGAGUCAGUAAAAAUGGUCACCGUUUGGGUGUUGUUAACGUUCAUAAGCCAUCCCAUAAUACAGUGGCCUUGGAUCGAACAUUUUUCGCCAAUCUGUGUUCGGUCUUAGAAAGGGGUUAUUUCGGUGGAUUGGACAAUACCCAUUGUCAUUAAGAUCCAGUCGAUAGUAUGAUUUUGGUGGGCGAUUUCAACUUACGCAACAUUUUCAAUAAAUGUGUUGAGGAGACAACUGAGAAAGAAAGACGUUUGUUGGCCAUUUUACUAACAUUCAGUUUGUUUCCUCAUUCGGAUCUUCCAACCAGAAAUGGUCUCUGCAUUGAUUAUAUUUGUCAUUCCAACAAUAUGGAAUGUAAGAAACCUUUCGAAAUAAAAUCGAAUGGAUCUGAUCACAAACCUGUUGCUGGACUUUUUCUGGAAAUAUAAGAAAAUAUCCACAAUACGGGACUAUUAGGUGAUUUGUAGAGUAAAUAAUUAACAUAAUCAAUUAUCUGUUACUAGCAAACAAUUAAACAUAAUCAGGUAAAAACUUUAAUCGCUAUUUGUACCGAAUUCAAUAACCUAUGGCCAAUUGAUUGAGAUUAUUUAAACUUAAAGUUAAUUUGUAUAGUUAAUUUCAUAGAGUUUGGCUAACUAUUGGUUAACAUUGAACAAUCAAACAUUUAAUUGUAAUUUGCCUGAAAACCUUGAGGAAAAAAUUAAAUUAAACAAACAAUUAGCCGAAAACAAUGAGAAAAAAUUUGAUUAAAGUCAACAUGUUAUUAUUACAAUUACAAUUAGCUAAUCAUUAAUGAGAUAAAUGAUAACCGUUAUAUUACAAUUGACUGUCAGCAAUCAAAUAAGAGUUUGUAUUUAGUUAAUCAACCAGAAAAUUGAUCAAAAACUUAAACAAUUUAAACUGAACAUGAAGAAAAACUUUAAAUUUUUCCUUCUAAUUCACAAUUUAUUCCGGUUUUUUUUUGGUUCCUUUUUGAUUAUUUAUAUUUAAUCAGUUAACCAACAAUCAAGUAAAAAAUAUUAAUUGUUGUGAUAAUAAUGAGGUGAAACUGUUGACUGAAUUAUUAUAUUAAAUAAAAAUAUCACGUAUUAAUAGUUGAUAUUAUAUCACGAUUGUGAACGUGUUGGGUUCAUGUUGCAAUUUAAAGUUGUAUCAACUUUAAGAUAACAAUUUAGUAAUUGUUAUGUUAAUUGUUAAUU